AUGGGGUCUGCAACACCUCUCCAUGUAGUGGUCUUCCCUUUCAUGGCACAAGGCCAUACCCUCCCUAUGCUAGACCUCUCCAAGCUCCUAGCUUGCCGCGGUCUCAAGGUCACCAUCAUCACCACCCCUGCAAAUUUUCCAGGCAUCCAUUCUAAAGUCUCUAAAAACCCAGAAAUCUCUAUUUCUGUAAUACCAUUUCCUAGAGUUGAGGGACCACUAGAAGGAGUAGAGAACACUGUUGACCUUCCCUCAGAAGACCUGCGCGCUCCUUUCAUCGAGGUGAUCAAGAAGCUUAAAGAACCCUUUGAGGAGAUCCUCAGAGGUAUGUUUGAGGCUGGGUGUCCACCCAUUGGCGUAAUCUCUGACUUCUUCCUAGGCUGGACGCUCGACUCAUGCAACUCUUUUGGCAUUCCUAGGAUUGUUACUUAUGGUAUGAGCGCCCUAUCUCAAGCAAUACUGAUUAUAUCAGGCUUCCACACUCCAUAUAUUUUGGCAUCAUUGCCUGAGGAUCCUGUACAGUUUCCUGAGUUACCAACCCCAUUCCAGGUAACACGAGCAGACUUCUUGCACCUGAAACAUGACCCCAGAGGCAGUCUAAUGUCCUCUAUAAUUCAAGAGUUCACAGAGGCAGAUUUAAAGAGCUGGGGGCUCCUUGUUAAUAGCUUUGAAGAUAUCGAAAGAGAGCAUAUAGCUGCUUUGGAAUCACUCUAUAGUACGGAAGCCAAAGCAUGGUGUGUUGGCCCUCUACUGCUUUGUAAUCCAAUCAAAGAAAAAGAAGAAGACGCCAAUGAGCCACAAGCUGGGAAUCAAACUUCCGAUCCAUGCAUUGAAUGGCUCAACAAACAAAUAGGGUAUGAGACUGUGCUUUACAUAUCAUUUGGAUCAGAAGCACAUGUAAGUGAUGAGCAGUUGGAUGAGAUAGCUCUUGGGCUGGAGAUGGCCAUGCACCCAUUCAUCUGGGUGGUAAAAUCCAGGAAUUGGGUGGCACCAGAGGGAUGGGAGGAAAGGGUGAAGGAGAGAGGCUUGAUUGUGAGAGGCUGGGUGGAGCAGUGUAGAAUACUAGCACACCCAAAAACAGGAGGGUUCUUGAGCCACUGUGGCUGGAACUCAGUGUUAGAGGGCUUGUCAAUGGGGGUGCCACUGCUGGCUUGGCCAAUGGCAGCUGAACAACCAUUCAAUGCCAAGAUAGUUGCAGACUGGUUAGGAGCUGGAAUAAGAAUUCUAGAACUGAGUGAGUGUUCUCAAACCAUUGGAAGUGAGAUAAUCUGUGAUAAAAUAAAGGAGUUGAUGGAGGGAGAAAAGGGGAGGAAGGCUAGGGCAAGGGCACAGGAGGUGAAGAGAAUGGCAAGGCAAGCUAUGAAGAAAGGUGGAUCUUCCGAUAGGAAUUUGAAUGAACUAAUCGAAAGUUUGGCUCGUAGAAGAAAGCAUAUAACCUAG